AUGGAACCCCGAAAACUACCUGGCCCAGCCGAAGAUAUCCGAAAGGAAAUUCAGGUAUUAAUACCACAACUUAAGACAGUGGAAGAAGAUGAGAGUGGAAAUAAGAAGUACAGUGGGGAUACACUUUCGGAGCUCGUAUCUCGAAUGAAAUCUGCUCUUCAAAUCGAUGGGAACUGGGAAGGACGUUUAAGAUACUGGUCGAAGCGCACAAAACUAGACCUUCGAGAUACGGCAUACCUUAUACCAAUCCCAAAUGAGAUUGAAGUGAACGGGUGGUUCCUGAAGGACGGGUGGUUCGUACAAGUUAAUAAUAACCCAGUUGUCGGCGCAGGCGCAACUACUUUGGUCAUCACGCCUCGUUGA